CAGUCGGCACACAAACCCGGCUAGACGCCAUUGUAAAAUAGUAAAGGGUGGUGGAGAAAGGGGAAAUAGUUGGAUUGUGAAUUGAUUCAUUUUAAACAUUGGUUCUAUAGUUUGUGGUUACGUUAUCUAUUUUACAAAAACUAUUUCUCCUCCGUGCAUUAUCGCUUAAGCUAUCCGAUCAUGGCGUGUGGAGCCACGUUAAAGCGUUCGAUGGAGUUUGAGGCCCUCCUUAGUCCACAGUCCCCAAAGCGGCGGAGGUGCAACCCGCUGCCAGGGACCCCUGGCACUCCGUCCCCUCAAAGAUGCAACCUCCGGCCGCCAACAGACAGCCCUUCACACUCGAUGUCACCUCAGUCGAUGGGAGGGGAACACAGGCUCACUCCAGAGCAGAUCUUCCAGAACAUCAAGCAGGAGUACAGCCGUUACCAGCGGCGACGGCAGCUGGAGGGAGCCUUCAACCAGAGCGAGGGGUGUGGCCCCAGUGACGGACAGAGCCAUAGCCCCGCCCUCCCUGCUCCCAGCUCUCCAGGCUCCUCUUCCUCAGUGAAGAAGGACCAGCCCUCGUUCACCCUGCGGCAGGUGAGCUACCUGUGUGAGCGCCUUCUCAAAGACCACGAAGAGAAGAUCCGCCAGGACUACGAACAGAUCCUCAACACGAAGCUCGCAGAACAGUAUGAAUCCUUUGUGAAAUUCACACAAGAUCAGAUCAUGCGAAGAUACGGAGCCAGGCCAGCCAGCUAUGUCUCUUGAAGAACUCGAUCAGCAGGUACCAGCCCUCCACUCUACAAGAUGGCUGCCGUAGCCCCUCCCACCCCCCAACACUUCAUUUUUGGUUGAAAUUUUUAAUUUUAAUUAUUUUUUUUGCACACUGUUUUUGGUGCCAUGAUUUCUCCUGAUUUGAAUCCCCCUGAUGAUCGCUCCAUUGCUGCUGGCUCAUCACUGCGAUUAAACCACAGAAAAAAAAAAAAGAAAGAUGUAAAAAGUCUUGUUGAUGUGCGCGCCCUCUUUGGUAAACAGCUGCAGCUGGUCUAUGUCCCAAUCCCCCGCCCCCCCCCCCCCCCCCCAGUGCUGCAGAACACCUGGCUACUGUGACUGUUCUGUACCCCCCCUCAAGAACCCCCCCCCCCCCCCAAAAAAAAAAAAACCGAACGUGGAAUUCUUCCUUCCCUUUUUUUGAGAAUAAAAGUUCUGUGACAAGUCACUUUUUUUUUUUUUGAUAUGUACAUAUUUUCUUCAGAUCGUGUAUCAGUGCACUACAUACAGUUAAUUGUACAGUUCUCCUGUAUUUCUUUUUUCUUUUAUAUAAAUCCCAUCUUGUGUUUUAGCUCUGAUAUUGGUCAGGAAGAGCAGUGGUGUCAUCAGUGACCACUCGUGAUUUGCAUGAUCGGGUCCUAGUUUCCUGAACGGAACGAAAAUCAAAAUCUUUACAUUUUCGUUUUAAUUGAAGGGGUUUUGCCCCCAUCUCGUUUGAAUUUAUUUUUAUUACUCUUGACACCACGGAACCACUUGGGAUACAAGCGUGGUCACAAAUGUAUUUAUUUUAUUCUCUCUCUAACACACACACACACACACACACACACACACACACACACACCAUUUUACAGGGUCCUUGCAAGCAAGCAGGAAAUCGGUGUAAAAAGGUCAACAGAAGAUAUGUUCUUUAUAAACAUGCAUGUGUGUCUUUAUCAAGCCCCUUUUGAGACCGGCAGGAAUACCAAAAAUGUGUGAAACGGGCCUGUGUGGGAGGUGUCCUUAUUCAGCGGCGUGUGUCACUUGGGUUUGUAGUCCUCAUUGGAUGUGGCCCGAUUCCACACCAAGGCCGUUUAAACAGUGUAAAACGACAUUGCCACACCACCGCACAUGCCACUGUAAAGCUGUUUAUACAUUUUACUUUUAUUUUUAUUUUUUUCCUUUCCCCUCUUCCUUUAUUUUCAAAGUAUUUCAGGGAACUGAGCAAUGAAUGCCAAUGAGAGACUGUAAGCUGAACUGUUGAGAGGGAGAAGUAACAAAAUCGAUGAUGACCCGUUUGGAUUUUCUCUGUACGCGCGUGUGUGCUUUUCUUGAAUGUCCUUCAAAUUUCACCUUUUGGAAUGUAUUGAGACUCUCCCCCUCCCCCACCUUUUUUUUCUUCUCAGAGUCAGUUAAACUCGUCAUGUAACUUGCUUUCACCAAUACAGUCUUCACACACAAACAUAUACACACUUCUUCCCAGCGUUGACCAUACCGAGUGUAAACGAGUCAACCUGAAACGGGAGUAUCACUUUUUUUUUCCCCCUACAGGUUACCAGGUUAAAAAUAGUUUUUAUAAGGAUCACAAAGGCAUUGUUAUACUUUAUGCAUUUCUCUUUUAAUAUAUAAUUUUUUGUUUUGUUUGCGAGCACCCAAUUACUUACUUACUCGUGUCUGACGAUGCCAGUGGGCGCGUUCCGGCUUUAGGAGGCUGCUGUCGCGUUUUCAUGCGAUUUUCUCGGAUGAAAAUUGAUUUUUAAGCCUACAGAAUGGGUUCUGAAGGGACACCUUAUAGUUUUUUCCUUAUUUUUUUUUUCCAGAUUUGUACAGUUUUCCCCCUUCAUUUUGUUCAUUGUGUAGUGUUAAUGGGUUUAGUUGAAUGAAUAAAUACAUUGGAGAAAAGUG